AACGAGCGGCAACCGGCCCCUCAUCCCAUAAUGAAGAUAGGAUAUGAGAGCACAAUACAAUACAAGACAAACAGAAUCUCAAAUUCCUAAAUUUCUCUCUCAAUUUGUGUGUUUGUGAGAAAAGGAAAUUCAAAUGGAUCUCAAAGUAUACUGUGAUCGGUUGUCCCAGCCAUCGCGUGCAAUUCUGAUCUUCUGCAAGGCAAAUGGGGCAGAAUUUGAGGAGGUUAAGAUUGAGCUUGGUAAGGGCCAACACCGCUCCCCUCAAUAUGCAGCAGAAGUAAAUCCCAUGAAACAAGUUCCAGCUAUUGUGCAAGGCGAUUUCAAGCUUUUUGAGAGUCAUGCAAUACUUAUUUAUUUGGCCUCUACAAUUCCUGGAGUUGCUGAUCACUGGUAUCCAACUGAUAUAUGCCAAAGAGCAAAGGUCCACUCAGUGCUGGAUUGGCACCACUCAAAUUUGCGUCGUGGUUCAGUUGGAUUUCUUUUCAAUACCGUUUUCUCAGUGGCGUUUGGCUUGCCUGGGGACCCUAAAGCCGCUGCUGAAGGCGAAAAGCUUCUCUCGGCAUCUCUUGCAACAAUUGAGUCAUUUUGGCUUCAAGAAGAUGGACUAUUUUUGCUUGGGAAUUCAAAGCCAACAAUUGCUGAUCUAGCUUUAGUUUGUGAAGUCACACAACUUGAGGCUGCGGAUGAGAAUGAUCGUGACCGUAUUCUGAGUCCCCACACUAGAAUUUUGAAGUGGGUCGAGGAUGUCAAGAACAUAACUGCACCUCAUUUUGAGGAAAUUCAUGCAACAAUAUAUUCAGCCAGAGAGCAUCUAAAGAAACUGAAGGCCCAAGCAGUUCACAAAUCUGAGUGAAGCUAUGUGAGGUAACAAUAAAUAAGGGAAAAUUCUGAAUCACUCAUUAUGUUCAAGUGCAUGAGUGAAGCUAGAAAUAUACUCUACUUCCAUAGGUGUGAGGUAACAAUAAAUAAGGGAAAAUGUUGAAGCACGCAUUAUGUCUAAGUGCAUGCUCGUGUGAUUUAAAUUUUUAUGUAAUCUGCUUAAGGUUAUAUAUUUUAGGUUGUUCUAUUCAAAAAAAAAAAAAAAAAAAAAAAUUA